AAUCAAUUGGAAUUAUUGAAGAAUAAAUUUGUUGGAGUUGGACAUGCUGAUAUCACAAAAUUUGAAUGGGCUGUAAAUCAACAUAGAGAUAGUUAUGCAUCAUAUGUAUCACAUUACCCAAUGUUAUCAUAUUUUGCCAUGAUUGAAAAUGAAUCCGUUCAUAGAGAAAGAUAUCAAUUUAUUGAACGAAUGAUUAAACCUUGUGGAAAUAAGCCAACUAAGCAAUAA